CGAAGGAACUGUGAAGGAUCAGGAGCGGAAUGCGAAGAUUCGGCAGACGAAGAGGGAUCAGGAGAGGAUGUUGCAGGAGGCUAGGGGGGAGGUUGAGAGGUUGAGGCAGACUUGAGUUUGUUUUAUGUUAUUUCGUCUUCUUUUCGUUAUGGGAAUUGUGGAAAGGAAAAAGACUUCAUGGCCAAUUAUGUAUCAUAGCAUCUUGUUUUUAGAUUUAUGUAUUUCUGGGAAUCUCUCGUUCUUAUGGAUUGGCCGGGGCAUGGAAUGGGCCGUUACGAAGCAGUGUGGGUAUAUCGUGGACCAUAUUCAAACCAUAUUCAAACCAUACCAAGCAAGCAAGCACAUAUCCUCUCAUGUUCAACAAGUAACUAUUUAAUUUCAAAUUUUGAACAUCCUUAAAUCCACAAGACUCCUAUCC